UAGUACGUACGUACAAUAUAUUUAACUUGUGUUUAGUAAAACUCACUAACCUUACCUGCCUAGUAUCUGCUUAAAGUUUUAAUAAACUAUAUUAAUUUGUUUUUUUUUUAUUAAAUAAAAUGUCAAAAACAACAUCGUUGGACAUCGACGGAAUGAGUGCUGAGGAGAAAAUCGAACAAAUUAAAAUGAUGCGAGAUUUGAUUCGUCUCAAAGAGAAGUCUGGGGAUGGAUGUAACUCUGCGUUUCAAAAGAUCGGGAAGAAAAAAAACCUUAUCAGCGACACAGUAAUGUCUGCUGUGUUUGUAACUAGUUUCGUUUUGAUUGUGGCAAUGGCAUUAUAUUCGUUUCGGACUCUAUACCUUGCCAUACAGAAAAAAUUUCCUUCCCAACACACAGAAUUGUAAUAACAGAUACAAAAAAAUGAUUAUUUAUAAACAAUUAUUUUAAUGUAGACAUUUACUUUAACAUUAUAAUAUGUAGGUAGUUUUAAAUUUUAAUAUAAAGAUUAUCAUACUAAAAAAAAAAAUACAGUAAUAUUUAAAAAAUAUCCUAUUAAUAUUGUACAAUAUGUCUUUGAGACUAUAGUUUUAAAUUAAUUAACACUUAUUUAUUUCCAGUUUCUAUUAGUUUUUUUAAAAUUGUCAUAUUUUCUGAAGCCACAGCUUGUCGAUAAGAAGUUAUUGAAUCUGUUCUGUUAUUGUUUACUAAAAUAACAAAAUUGCAUUGUAUUUAUAACUUUUAAUUUAAUUUAUUAUUAUAAUAUAAUGUAAAAUAGAUAGACCCUAGUAAUUAGAAAUUACUAAAUAUUACUAACUACAUAGAAAUAUGUUAAUAUAAUAGGUAUAAAUAAACAUAAGUAAUAACUAUAAUAAGUAUAAACAACUCGAAUAUUGUAUAAAUUGAUUUUAUAAUUUUAUAUUGAUUGGAUUCUCUUUUCUCGUAAAAUUGAUUUUCAAAAUGGUAACAUUUUAACGAAAUUCAAGAAACUGAGCGUCAGAAAAAAAUUAUAGACAUACGCCUAAUGUAGGGCUGUAUACCGUAUACAGUAUACGCCUGUACCUACUUAAUAUAUUUGUUUACUCAUCUUUACUUAUAGUAAGCUUAAUAUGUAUUGUUUAUACUAAUAUUAAUACUUAUGUAUUUUUUUUUAUAAAUUAUUACUAACCUCUAAGUCGAGAAGCAUUCUGUAUAAUAUUAUUUAUUUUCUUCAGUGUAACUAACAAUUGUUCAUGGUUUUCACACGUAACUUGAUGAUUUUGAAUCAUUUGUUUAUCGAUAUGAAAUAUAUCGUUCAAACAUUUUUCCAUAUUGGACCUUAAUAAAAACCUCAAACAAUUUAA